AUGAGCAAUAAAUCGCCAAAUCAACACCCUCAUUCCCACGACCACAGCCAUGAUCACGGCCACAGCCACGGCCACGGCCAUGACCACAGCCACGACGCCGAGCCCGACACAGGCAUGGCCGACUCGCUCUUCAGCAAGGUUCUCCUAGAACACGUGCGUUGCCUCAACGAGAGCACACCCGGCGCCAUCCAGCAAGUGUUCAAACCGUGGCACCAGCGGCUAGAUACGCAGCAUUUCGUCGAAAGUUGUGAAGACGACCCCGAGCUCCUAGUGUACGUGCCAUUUUCCGGAAUGAUCAAGCUCAAGUCCAUCAUCCUGUGGGGCGGGUCCAGCGACUCGGCUCCGAGUGAACUGCGCGUAUUCGCGAACCGCGACGACCUGGAUUUCGACAAUGUCAGGGAGGCCACAGCCACGCAGGAGUUUAGCCUGGCGAGGGGCGCGCGGCAGCCCGUCGAGUACUCGGCCAGAACGGCCAAAUUCGGCAGUGUGCGCAGUUUGACGCUGCUUUUUCCGAGGAACUUUUUCGAUGAUGACGAGACUGCUAGCACGGUGUACUUUUUGGCGUUCAGAGGCGAGUGGAUGCAGAUGAAGGACACGCCUGUUGUCGCUGUGUAUGAGCUCAAGCCGAACUUUUCUGACCACAGGACGCCUGCAAACGAGAGCUUGGGCCACAGCUCGAUUUCGUAAGGCUUGGGGAUCAAGAAAGCUCUCCUCUGGCAUACAUGCAUGCUCCCUCUCCUCCCUCCCUGGUUUUUUAUUUAGUGCGUGAGGCCGAUGGCUGCCCACUCUCCCACCCAGCUUUUCUCUUUUUUUUUUCGCUUCGUUUGUUUAUUUUUUACUUUUUAUUUUUCAAAGCCACAU